UGUGUAAACAUAACAACUCGGUCGUGAGCCUGAAGUGUUGGCCUGAAGUGAAGCAAAUAGCUAGCUAACCUAAUUGAAGAGGGAUUAAAUGUUAAUGUAUUUGGUAACUAGCUAGCUCGCUUGUUUGCUGCAUCUAAACAUAACAGAUGUCGACACAGAAAGAUAUUAGAUUACCACCUUUAUCAUCGUUUGAACGACUGUCGUCUGAGUGUCAACAUAACGCUGAAAAAAGAACUGGGCGACAAGUGGCAAUUGGCGGUCCUGGCUCAUGUAGAGCAUCAACCAGAGUUGGCUGUACUUCAGGCUACCUGUCAACCUGGCCUGCCCAUGUCACCUCUCAAGUUGUUCAGCAGGGGAGGAGACACACUUCAGGUGGAGAGAUCAGGAACCAUGGAUGCGGUGAUGAGUUUGGUGGCCCUGUGGGGAAGCCACGAUUCCUGGAGCAGCUUGAAAGCUACCUAAAGAAGGAGCUGCAGGCUCUUGACUUACAACAACCAAAAGUCCAAGAGCGCAAACUACAGGCAUACCGGGAGGUCUUUGGCUGUUUCAUUGAGGACUUCAAAACGUACAAGCCGCUUCUGUGUGCCAUAAAAAAUGAAUAUGAAAUCACAUUAGCAUACCUACGGGACCAGAUCCGGGAGCUGGAGCCUCUCCGUGCUCGUCUGGUUGUGGUGUCAGAGCAGUGUGAAAAGAGGAUCCUGGGCCUGCGAGAGGAGGAGAGGGUAGAGAUUAGAGCUCUGAAGCAAGAGCGCCAACACCGUCAAAAGGUUAUUGAAAACAUGAGAGAGACACAAAGUUCCCUGCAGACCCAGGUGUGUUGUCUGCAGGCAGACCUGGCCGCUCAGUAUCUGAUGUACAGAGAAGAAUGUGAUGCUCGCAAGCUGCUCAUCGCCAACAUCAGCAGCAUGAGCUAUGGACCAGAUGAGGAACCCGAGGAAGAGCAGGAAGAAGUGGAAAUCGAGGACCCAGUGAAGGAGAAAUUGGCUCUGAAGGUGUGUCGAGAGGACCUGACUAAAGCCCAGGUGGAGCUAAAUCGCUUGCAUGCGGAGUAUGGAGACGUAGUUCCCCGCCGUGACUGGGAGACGUUGGACCAUACCCACAAAGAGAACUUGCUUAAGCUGGAGACCCUGCAGAAAGACUUUGAUCAGAUGAAGGCUGAAUAUGACACACUGCUUGAGGUGCACAAGCAAGUCACAACACAGAGGGACAGCCUCCAGGGAGAACUGGAGGGCUUCAAAGAGGCCUCUACCCCCAGGCCAGAAUGGGAGCAGUGUGCAGACGUACUGGGAGGUAGUGAGCGUUGGGCAGAUCUCUCCCAGGGCCAGUCCAGCCAGCGGCGUUUGGAGAUCCUGCUGGCAGAACUGGGAGGAAAGAACUCAGAGUUUUUCACUGGACUGGGUACUUCUGAUGAUGUGCCCAUAUACCUGCGCUAUGAGGGGCAGUUAAAGAACCAUAGGCUAAAGAAGAAUGCGGUUGUGAGAAUCCUCAAGGAGGUUUGGAAGGAGAAGGUCAUGGAGGAUGGAAGGAGAAAUGAAAGCAGCAAUCUUCCCGAGUUUCUGCGGCAACAUCUGGAGAGACAAUAUGGGGAAAAGGCUGGAGAAUGGGCUUAUAGCUUAGUAGAGGGCAUUCGUCAACACCAAAAGGAUGACUCUGUCAGCCUCUUCAAUGACAUUCUCACAGGAAAGGUGGAUGAGAGUGUGUACCAUGGUCAGACACAUCUACUGUCUAACCUGCUGAAAGUGUUGAUCCACAGUGACAGUACAGAGAGUGGGCUGCUCAGUGUUCAGGAUUUCAGAGAUAACUUGCAAAUGGCCUUCCCUCUGAAAAGAGCGCAAGACAUCGAUGAGCUAGUGACCACAGCUCAGGCCGAGCUAGACAACAACGGUGGGAGCCUCCCAUACCAAAGACUGUAUACAGAGGAUGCAGAUGGGAAACACAAAGACUUCCUGAAUCUGGUGAAGAAGCAGGCCUCCACAGAGAGGCAUAUGUAUAUUAGCCAACUGAGGACUCAGCUGGGAGGCAAAGGAGAGGUGACUGUGGCUGAUCUAAGGGCUGCCUUUAAGAACAUUGACCCCUCUCUGGACGCUACCACACUAGACUGGGUCCUAACUAUGGCAUUUCAGAUACACCAGGAGGAGCUAGAGCAGCACACAACACAAAUGGACACAGAGCUGGCCCUGCAGCACCUCCUGGCAAUAGAUGUGACCAGGGCUGGGCCUGCACCACAACAGGACUGAAUCGCUCUAAGCACUUUUAGAAAGUGGUAGCCAGUCAGGCAUCGAACUGUUUCUUUGCUAUCAUUGUGGCCUGCAAACUCAUGAAAUAUUUCCAAAGGAACCAGGUUGAACAUUAAACAAACACUUAAACGAACCGUUGUUACUGAAAUUAUCUGUAAGUCAAAUGUGUUUCACACAGUAAUUUAUUAUCGGUGUCAGAAAUGGAAUAUUUACGUAAAAACAUUAGCAUCCCAAAGAUGAGCUGUCACAUACUUCUCUGAUGUUCUAGUAACCAGGCUAGCAAAUUGUUCACCGGAGCAGUGUGGCUACUCAAUUCAAACGUCUGUUUAUAGUAGCAUACAGUGCCAUUAGAACUGUGCCAUCUUGUGGAUGCAGGCAUGUAAACCAUGGCCAUUCUACCCAUCCUUAUAAAUUUCCACAACAAAUGUAGUUUACCUUCAUUAAAGUGGGCUGAUUUAAAAGGUACCAUAUUUUUGUAUGUUGAGAGUUUCGUGUGGGUGGAAAAACCUACCAGCUGUAU